UUUUCUAUUUAAACCUGAUUAUGUAGAUUAGACUUACCGACCACAGCGGCCGUAUCGGUCAUCGACUUCUUUUAUGAUUCGUCUUAUUGGAACCCUGACUACAACUAUCAAGCAAUGGAACAACAAAAGGUCUCGAUUACGGAGACGAACUUUGGCGGCAUCGCUUACUCAUCGGAUGGCAUGGAAAGCUUUUCCGAUCGUGUACUCUGUCCGCAUCCCUUGAUGGCUCACCACGAGCCGCAACGUCAGCACCAACAACAAUCGUCCGAGGCGAUAACAACAGGCGGCGAUGGAGACUGCGGCAUCAGCGGCAAUGGUCGCCAACUUCAAUCAGGUUUCCUAGUGAAACGAGUGGAUGCUAAAAAGACGAUGGCCGAAAUUUCCAUUCCCGGAAUGCGAGCCGUGUUUGGAAUCGGCUCUUCAAUGAUCCGUCGAGUUAUCUGGAUUGUCAUCCUAAUCACGUGCUUCGGCAUUGCCGUGGUCCAGGUUCACGAUCGUGUGAUUUACUACAUGUCAACGCCAGUAACUGUCAAUGUGCGCGUGUCGAGAAAUGAAACUCUUCCCUUUCCUAUUCUCUCAAUUUGCAACAAGAACACGUUCAACAUGACAGCUAUGGGGAUCUUGAAAACGGAAAAAGCAAAUUUGAUCACGCGCACGAACGGUACCGUCUUGUCGCAGAGAGAGAUUGACAAAUGGGAUGUAGCUGAUUUGGUCGGUGUUCGUGGCUAUGAUGUUCUUGAACUCUGGAAUUUUAUAUCUCAUUCACUUGAGAGAAUGAUCAUCGAAUGUUUCUUUGGAAGGAAUAAGACGUGUGACGAACGUGGGAAAUGGACAAAGAUAUACAAUUAUAUGGGUGUGUGUUACUCCUAUGCUCUAGAAGAUUCCGUAGUGGAUACUACCGGCUUAUUCAAUAAUUUCUACCUCAAGCUGCACGAUGUUGAGCCUUUGGCGUACAGAGGGGACACAAGCGGAUGGAAAUUACUCAUUCACGACCGUAAGGAUUCGCCGUUGGUUAUUCUUCGUAGUCACGGCACAACUUUAUAUCGUGGUUGGGCCAAAGAUAUGCGCGUUUUUGUCAGGCAGUUUCGAACGUUAAAUACUGAAAGCCGUGAGUGUUCCGACGAGCAAGAUUAUUCCUACUCCAAGUGCAUCGCACAGUGUUUUAGCAAAGCAGUUACCGAUGCUACUACAUGUCGGCUUCCCUACAUCGAUGCUGACACAGUCGGUGCAGUUAAGUUAUGCAACGACUCACAGACAUACGCAGCCGCCAGCGAUAAGGUAGAAAAUCUCCUCUUCUUCGGGAAGUGGUCCGAAAACAACUGUACAUCCUGCCCAAGACAAUGCAAUCAAGACUUUUACAUCACGUACACCGAAACGACGGAAAUGAAAAGGGGUCAGGAAAAUCUCGGGAAAUUGCGAAUAUUUUAUCAGGAUAUGACCUACGACGACAUAGAAGAGGAAUACGGCUACACCGCCAUACCGCUCCUGUGCGACAUUGGGGGCUCGUUGGGCUUGCUCCUCGGUGCUUCCGUCCUUACGUUCUUCGAGAUCAUCGAGGCUAUUUCGACCGCCUUGUUUCAUCUGACAGCAAUGUUCACCACAUGUUGCUGCCUUAUGGUAAAGCCAAACAAAGUUCCCCAGCAGCUUUAACAGCUUUCAAAUUUGAAGCAGCAUUUGCUAACAUGGGGCCAUAAAACGAAUUGCUGCCUCGUGAGAGAUUAAAUUCGACCAACCAAAUACAAGCAAGGGCAACCUGAUUGAUAGAAAGAAGUAAAAGAAAAUCGUCUCCUCCUCAGAAAACAAAAACAAAAAAAACCAAACAAAAACAAUUGUUUUCUAAUGACGAUUGUGAACCGUCACAUGAAGGGAUUGAAUAAGCGAUUCGGGUUACUGUUGGAUGUAACGAAUAACGAGAGUAGGCAAGUCAGUUAAGGUAAAUGCCAGUUGGAAUUCCCUCACUGUAUUCACGAAGAGCUUAACACAUCACCAGUAAUUGUUUUCUCAACUAGAUCAAAAUGGAAUAUAGCAUCUACUUCGCUGUACUGAGUAA